AUGCCGGGAUUUGUAGUCUGAGCUCGUUGCCUGAAGCGUCAGUUCCUCAGAGUCAAAAGGGAAUGCUGGGAAGUGUAGUUUGUAUUUAACGUUGGCGUCGGCUUCUCCCUCGCUUCCACUCCAGCCUGGACCAUGGCGGUUGUGGCCAGUUCAGGCGGGCGCUCCAAGGUGGCACCCAGCGUGGAUUUCGACCACAGCUGCUCCGAUAGCGUCGAAUACCUGACUCUGAACUUCGGGCCCUUCGAGACGGUGCAUCGGUGGCGCCGCCUCCCGCCCUGCGACGAGUUCGUCGGGGCUCGCCGCAGCAAACACACCGUUGUCGCUUAUAGAGAUGCUAUCUACGUCUUCGGUGGAGAUAAUGGAAAAACAAUGUUGAAUGACCUGUUGAGGUUUGAUGUGAAGGACUGUUCUUGGUGCAGGGCUUUUACCACAGGAACCCCUCCAGCACCCAGGUAUCAUCAUUCAGCAGUGGUCUAUGGAAGCAGCAUGUUUGUAUUUGGUGGCUACACUGGAGACAUUUAUUCCAAUUCCAAUUUGAAGAAUAAAAAUGAUCUGUUUGAAUAUAAGCUUGCAACUGGUCAAUGGACUGAGUGGAAGAUUGAAGGAAGACUACCAGUUGCCCGGUCAGCCCAUGGUGCAACGGUGUACAGUGAUAAACUGUGGAUCUUUGCAGGAUAUGAUGGAAAUGCACGGUUAAAUGACAUGUGGACCAUUAGUUUACAAGACAGGGAGUUAGCUUCCUGGGAAGAGAUUAAGCAGAGUGGCGAGAUUCCUCCUUCAUGCUGUAAUUUUCCUGUCGCUGUUUGCAAAGAGAAGAUGUUUGUCUUUUCUGGCCAGAGUGGAGCAAAGAUCACCAAUAAUCUCUUUCAGUUUGAAUUCAAGGAAAAAAUUUGGACACGAAUUCCUACUGAGCACCUACUACGAGGCUCACCUCCUCCUCCACAGCGGAGAUAUGGUCACACAAUGGUUGCCUUUGAUCGCCACCUUUAUGUGUUCGGUGGGGCUGCAGACAAUACAUUGCCUAAUGAACUUCACUGCUACGAUGUGGACUCUCAGACCUGGGAAGUUAUCCACCCCAGUCCAGAUAGUGAGUUGCCAAUUGGAAGGCUUUUCCAUGCUGCAGCUGUCAUCUGUGAUGCAAUGUACAUCUUUGGUGGGACAGUGGACAAUAACAUUAGAAGUGGAGAAAUGUAUAGAUUUCAGUUUUCCUGUUAUCCAAAAUGCACUUUACAUGAUGACUAUGGAAGACUGUGGGAAAACAGACAGUUCAGUGACCUGGAGUUUAUUCUUGGUGAGAAAGAAGAAAGGGUUCAAGGGCAUAUAGCCAUUGUCACAGCUCGCUGUAAGUGGCUCAGGAAGAAAAUUACACAGGCAAGAGAGAGGUUGAAACAGAAACCUAAGCAAGAUAUUGAUGAGGAAGGACAAGAAUCACCCCAGAAAGAGAUGUCUGGCAGCAACAUUAAGCUGUGCCGCCUGCAGCCACCGCUGGAGGUAACCAUCCGAGAAGCUGAAGCUCAGCCCUUUGAGGUGCUCAUGCAGUUCUUGUACACAGACAAAAUCAAAUACCCACGCAAAGGACAUGUGCAAGAUGUACUGCUAAUUAUGGAUGUGUAUAAAUUGGCCCUUCACUUCAAGCUCUCAAGACUUGAACAGUUGUGCCUCCAGUACAUUGAGGCAUCAGUAGAUCUUCAGAAUGUGCUGGUUGUAUGUGAAAAUGCAAACAAACUUCAACUGGAUCAGCUAAAGGAACACUGCCUGAAUUUUGUGGUGAAAGAAUCCCAUUUUAAUCAGGUAAUAAUGAUGAAAGAGUUUGAACACCUUUCCUCAUCUUUGAUAGUAGAGAUAGUACGACGGAAGCAGCAGCCACCUAUUCGAACACAUUCCGAUCAGCCUCUUGAUAUUGGAACAUCAUUGAUUCAGGAUAUGAAAGCUUGUCUAGAAGGUGCUGGACUUGAGUUCUGCGAUAUAAUAUUACUCUUAGAUGGUCAGCCAAGGGCUGCUCAUAAAGCUAUUCUUGCAGCUCGCUCCAGUUACUUUGAAGCCAUGUUCCGUUCUUUUAUGCCAGAAGAUGGGCAGGUUAAUAUUUCUAUAGGAGAAAUGGUUCCAAGCAAACAAGCAUUUGAAUCUAUGCUAAGAUAUAUUUAUUAUGGUGAAGUGAAUAUGCCUCCUGAAGAUUCACUCUAUCUCUUUGCUGCCCCUUAUUAUUAUGGAUUCUACAAUAACCGUCUGCAAGCAUAUUGUAAGCAGAACCUGGAAAUGAAUGUUACUGUGGAAAAUGUACUCCAGAUUUUAGAGGCAGCUGACAAGACCCAAGCUCUGGAUAUGAAGAGACAUUGCCUGCAUAUCAUUGUUCACCAGUUCACCAAGAGCUGGUUAAAAACCUACGGUUAUCUACUUCCUUCUGACACACGAAUGUCUGCUCUGCACUCAGGAAAAGUUAUGCAGUCUGCAGUUUCCACUAUGCAGCAGUUUUAUGGCAUCCCAGUAACAGGAGUGUUGGAUCAAACUACUAUUGAGUGGAUGAAGAAGCCUCGCUGUGGUGUUCCUGAUCAUCCCCAUUUAAGCCAUAGACGGAGGAGUAAGCGAUAUGCGCUAACUGGACAAAAAUGGAGACAGAAGCAUAUCACAUACAGUGUACACAACUACACCCCUAAAGUUGGAGAGCUUGACACCAGGAAGGCCAUCCGACAAGCAUUUGAUGUUUGGCAGCGGGUGACUCCACUCACUUUUGAAGAAGUUCCUUAUCAUGAAAUCAAAAGUGACAGGAAGGAGGCAGAUAUCAUGAUAUUUUUUGCUUCUGGUUUCCAUGGUGACAGUUCUCCUUUUGAUGGAGAGGGUGGAUUCCUAGCCCAUGCUUAUUUUCCUGGACCAGGAAUAGGAGGUGAUACUCAUUUUGACUCGGAUGAGCCGUGGACACUGGGAAAUUCUAAUCAUGAUGGAAACGAUCUCUUUCUUGUUGCGGUACAUGAACUUGGGCAUGCACUAGGCCUUGAACACUCCAAUGAGCCCAGUGCUAUCAUGGCUCCUUUCUACCAAUACAUGGAAACGCACAACUUCAAGCUACCACUGGAUGACCUUCAAGGAAUUCAAAAGAUUUAUGGUCCUCCUGCUGAGCCACUGGAACCCACCAGACCUUUACCAACCCUUCCCGUCCGUAGAAUCCAUUCCACUUCAGAAAGAAAGCAUGACAGACAUUCAAGACCUCCCAGACCCCCGUUAGGAGACAGGCCAUCUGCUCCAGGCAGUAAACCCAAUAUAUGUGAUGGAAACUUCAAUACAGUAGCUCUGUUUAGAGGAGAAAUGUUUGUUUUUAAGGAUCGCUGGUUUUGGCGUCUCCGUAAUAAUCGUGUACAAGAAGGUUACCCCAUGCAGAUUGAACAGUUCUGGAAAGGGUUGCCUGCAAAGAUUGAUGCUGCCUAUGAAAGAUCUGAUGGAAAAUUUGUGUUCUUUAAGGGAGACAAGUACUGGGUUUUUAAAGAGGUGACAGCAGAGCCAGGAUACCCACACAGCCUAGUGGAGCUGGGCAACUGCCUUCCUCGUGAAGGGAUUGACACAGCUUUGAGAUGGGAACCUGUCGGCAAAACCUACUUCUUCAAAGGAGACCGAUACUGGAGGUAUAAUGAGGACAAGAGAGCAACAGAUCCGGGCUAUCCCAAACCCAUUACUGUAUGGAAAGGGAUCCCACAAGCCCCACAAGGAGCAUUUGUUAGCAAAGAAGGCUUUUAUACCUACUUUUAUAAAGGUAAGGAGUACUGGAAGUUCGAUAACCAGAGGCUGACAGUGGAACCAGGAUACCCCAGGUCAAUCCUCAAGGACUGGAUGGGUUGCAACCAAAAGGAAGUUGAACGGAGCAAAGACAGACGCCUCUCUCAUGAUGAUGUGGAUAUCAUGGUGACUAUCAACGAUGUGCCUAGCACUGUCAAUGCAAUUGCAGUUGUGAUCCCCUGCAUUUUAUCUCUGUGUAUCCUUGUCCUGGUAUACACAAUCUUCCAAUUCAAGAACAAAGAGGUCCAACAAACUGUGACCUACUACAGACGACCUGUCCAAGAAUGGGUAUGACAGGCUUAGGAGUUCAUUCAGACUUAUGUGAUGAUGACAGGCUUCAGACAGUAAAAAGGGGAAUGAAAGGAUAGCCUGCCAAACACACACACAAAUGAAAAAACUCUUGAAGAGGCUUGUAUGAGUCAGACAGAAUUCUGGGACUGAGAGAACAGAGGACAAAAAUCAAAUAUACCCAGGUGGCCUUGCACGGUGGAGCCGCUUUCCUUCAGACUGCCUCAGUGCCGUGUGUGUCUCGGUGUGACAUUUUUCACUGACCCACUCAGUGAGUGUCGGAGACCUCAAGAGGAGUUUGCUUCAACCUUUUUUCAACUCACCCAAGCAAUCUUCUUCAGUGCCCUCUUUUAAACCCAGCAUUUGCCAGUGUAGCCAACCACAUCUCAACAGUCCUGUUUUUUCUACACUUGUCUCAUAAAAAAGGUAAUUAAUUCUGUGAGAUGCAAAGGUAACACUUCAGUACCUUCUAAAGAAGACAUUCUGAGGCUGAGUCAUUCUGAAAUAUUUUAAUUUAUUACAGGAACCAGGCAAUUACCUGGAUACUGUUUUUCCAAUACCUGCUGGUCAGAUGUUUUGUACAUUCAUGGUAAUCAAUUGAUUCUCCCACUCUGCCAGAGCAGAUACAUACAUAUAAAGAGCUCUUAGGAGGUAAUUCUGUGUAGACCACAACUUCAAACAGCUCUAAAGCCAGAUCAACCCAUAACAGCACUAGGAGCAGAAAUUUCUUAAUUCAAAUAUAGUCUGCAAGACUAAGCAAUUGGGUUCAGCCAUGAGUGAUGUGAAUGCAGCCCUCAAUGCUCUUGUUUUUUAAGAACCUGUCAUGUAAUGAGUAUUUAAAUGUCAUAUUACCACUACUUUAAGUUGGCAACAAUAAAUUGUUACCAUUAUAUGAUUAACUAUA